AUGGAUUUUGUUGUAGACUAUCAGAGUUAUGCAAUGGCAGAUGCUGCCACGGCAGAACUUCCAGAGCCAGAGCCAAGACUGAAAUUAACAUCAGAUGCACAAUUGCAAUCUGCGAACAAGGUAGAUCUGCAGUUCAAAUUGCCCAAUCUACAAGGUCAUUCCAAUAGCGAUACAGUCCCGCAUAUAAACAACGACGGUGCAGAUUCGAAAGACCUGUAUAAAAGAAUGACACAUUAUGCUAUGUCCUCCAUUGACAAAAUACAACUCUCCAAUUCAGGCAAAAAAUUAGAACAUAUUGCCCAAAUUGAUAAGCUACCGCAGCAAGAAUCUCAUGACUUCGCUAAUUAUGGGUCAAAAAACCUCGAUUUGUCGAAAUUAGUAUCUACCUCAAAUGACUCGACUAUGAAUACAACAAAUCUAGUUCUUUCAAGUAAGCUUUCCAAGAUUUUGAACAAUUACACCUUAAUCAACUAUCAGGCUACGACUCAAUUAAGGAAAUCAUUAAAAAUCCUGGAAGACAAUAAAGAAAGACUGUCUCUUGAUGAACAGAAGCUAAUGAACCCUGAGUAUGUGGGGACUUUGGCAAGAAGAACUUUGAGGACAGAUUUGGAAUCACAACUGUUGAAGGAACAUAUCACGGUGCUUGAGGAAUUCAAGCCUAUCAUCAGAAGAAUAAAACGCUUGACGUCCUCUGUGGAAAAAAUACAAAAAACAGGCGCAAGUUUCAUAAACGACGAAAUUGACAAAGUUUCAUCGAAUAAUGUGGCGCUGGAUGAAAUAAACCAGUACCGUUUGAAGGCAGAGCAGUUGAAAUUGAAGAAGAAAAUAUUGCUAACUAUAAGAGAUAGAUUCACUCUGAAUCAAGUAGAGGACGAUGCUAUCACAAACGGCAUUAUAGGUGAGACUUUCUUUAAUGUAGUAAAGAAAGUAAUCGCUAUUAAAGAUGAAUCGAGUUUUUUACUGACACUACCCAAUUUAAAUGCUGGGAAUGCUCUAAUUAUGGGCGUCAAUGAAAUUUUACAGAAGACGAACAAAAAAAUCUUCAAUUAUUUGAUUGACUUUCUAUAUAGCUUUGAAUCAUCUUCAAAUUUAUUGAAUGACCAUGGUGCAACUGAACAGAAAAACUUGAUCAUCUUCCAGAAGAGCUUAAUUUUCCUAUCAAACGAUUUAGAACUAUUCAAUGAAUUUCUGAAAAGAGUGACCACCCUGAGAUCCAAGAGUAUUCUAGAUGAGUUUUUGUCUCAGUUCGAUAUGAACUCAUCUAACUCUAAACCCAUCAUACUAUCAGCACACGACCCAAUUAGAUAUAUAGGUGACGUACUUGCGUCGGUUCAUUCGAUUAUAGCCAAUGAAGCUGAUUUUGUCAAGUCACUAUUCAACUUUCAGGAUGAAAAUUUAAAAGAUACGCCAGUUUCCAUAUUGCAACAAAACGGGACAUUUCUGAACGAUAUUGACAACAAACUACUAAAUGACAUCAUCCAGUCCUUAUCCAAUUCAUGUCGUAUUCGUAUUGAACAAAUUGUGAGGUUUGAAGAGAAUCCAAUCAUUAAUUUCGAGAUUGUCAGGUUAUUGAAACUUUAUAGAGUCAUGUUCGAGAGAAAGGGUAUUCAGGACGAUAGUUCCAUUAUUAAUAAUUUGAAAUCAUUGGAAGAUAUCUCCAAAGAUAGAAUUAUUGGAUACUAUGAGGGCUAUAUUGAACGAAUAGCCUCCGCGGAGACAGUGAAUUCGCUAGAUGAUUUAUUACCACCAGAGUGGCUAUCAGAAUAUAUGAAUAAGUUGGUGGAACUGUUUGAAAUCUACGAAAAGACAGAUGCUGCUGAAGACGAGGAAUCGGAAGAUAAUCAAUUGCUGUCAUAUAGGAACUUACAAACAAUUGUAGAACAACCCGUUAAGGACGUAUUAUUGAAACAGUUACAGAAUCUUUUCCCUUUUGCAAAGAAAAAUGAAAAAAUAAAGGCAUCAUUGUUGACCAUCGAAAUCAACUGUUUUGAUUUGAUUAAAUCUAGAAUUCAACCGUUUGAUGGAGUUUUUGAACAGGAUGAAAACUCUCGAAAAAUCUCCUUCUGGAUCUAUGGUAAAUUAAAUGAAUUUACCAAACAAAUGCAAACUUUACAAAUAAAAUUUCUAUUCGAAAAUACAGGUUUAGACCUUUAUAAUAACCUGGUAAAUAUGAUUUUUCCCGUGGACUCAGUGAAGGAUGAAUUGGAUUACGAUAUGUAUUUAUCUCUGAGGGAUAAUUCAUUGAUGGAAUUGGAGACAAUAGGGAAAAAUGUACAUGAUAAAUUAAACGACUACUUACCUCAAGCAUUGACUGAUGUUCAAGGUAAUUUGCUAUUUAAGCUCAACUCACCGAUGAUAGCCGAUGAUAUCUGCGAUGAAUGCUUCAAGAAGUUGUCGCUCUUCUAUGAUAUUUUCAGGAAAGUAUUGGUCCACCUGUAUCCGAAUGACAAAGAUCGAAUAUUCGAGAUUUUGAAUUUCUCCACAGAUGAAUUUAACAUGUUGACAGGUGUCACUCACUGA